UUCUAUCUCUUCUAAGAAUAGUAAUUUUUCCCCUGCUUUGCCAAGUGUCUGGCACACAAUCUUCUUGAGUGUAUGAAUGCUGUUCAUAAUGCAGUUUAAACAGCACUGGCUUCAUGCACUCCUGAGGAAGGUGACACUGACUGCUAUCUAUCUUUGCAAGGGAGCCCACAGCACAGAGGGGACUCCAGGGGUUCAGCUCUCAGUGGCAGUCUUGGUACCAAUCAGCCAUAUGACAUUGGGUAAAUAACUUCCCUUUCUGGCCCUCAAUUUCCUCACCUGCCAAAGGAAAUUAUUGCUUUAAAUGAUCUCACAGGAUUUUUUAGAAUGCAAAAUGAAAGAUGAAGUGUUAACUAGAAAGUGGUGUUUUUAUAUUACCUACAAAGAUAUUCUUACCUGACAUUUUGUGUUUUUUAAAGGCAAUAAACAUACCUGGAGUUAACUCCCAUACUCGUUUAGGGACUUCAGAAGAUGCAGUUUUGGUGUUUGAGCUCCAGUCAUUUGACAGGGAAAGCUCUUGAUGCCAGCCUGUCCUUUCUUCUGGGAAUAUUCACUCUUGACAUGUGAAUACUUUCUCUCAACAUUCUUGUCCAAACUAGUGAGUGGUCAGUGGCCCUGGUGCUGGGCUCCCAUGGGAGUUUUGUUUCAUAAUCACUUGUGGGUAUGUGGUCGGUUAGCCUCCUCUCAGCCCAUCGGUAACUCCAAAACCUAAUUUUUGCAGCUACAAGAUGUGGUAAAUAACAAUUGGCUCACAUGUACUAGUAUCUUGAUGUUUAAUGAUAUAUCAACAAUUUAUCCAAAGUAGUACUCAAUGUAUGGCAUAUCUCAAAACCUCCAUAAAUGCUUUACAUAAAGGGAGUGUGUAUUAAGCUUCCAGUUUCUAAGUUUUUUCACCAUGUUCUUACCCCAAGCGAAGGACCUGAAACUGUAUAGGUUUCUCCCCUUGGUUUCAAAAUCUUCCCCAUCCUAUUGAGAGCAGAGUUAUGCACUGCCCCGAUCACAACAGCAUCAUUCACAACAGCCAAAGGGUGCAAGGAACCAAAGUGUCCACCUGGCGAACAAUGGAACAGUAUUCAGUCUUAAAAAGUCAGGAAAUUCUGACACAUGUUGCAACAUGCGUGAACAUUAAAGAUGCUACGUUCGGUGAAAUAAGCCAGUCACACGCAAAACCCCCCCAAUAUGUUUGUGGGGUUCCACUUACAUGAGGCUCCCGAGUAAUCACAUUUAGACAGAAAGUAGGAGGGUGGUCGCAGGAGCUGGGGGAACGGGGCCUCGGCACGGAAUUCAUUUAAUGGGAGGAAGAGUUCAGGGGAUGCUGCAUCCCACGGCGAGUGUCCUGACCUCCGCUGUGCACUCAGAAAUGGUUCAGACGGUCCGUUUUAUGCUGCUGACCACACCCCCCAUUCCAUUCAUCACACCCUCCUUCCCCCCGUCCCGUGUGCGCUCUGCUCUCACUUCACUCCCGGCGCAACACGCACUCGGGGCCCGCGCCCCGCGGCGCCUCUGCCCCGGAGCGCUUUCCCCAUCGCCCGCCCGUUUUCACAGGGCUGCUCGCGCUUUCGCCCUGGAGAUGUCACCUCUUCCAGGUCCCAGGAGCCAAACCCCCAUGACACCCUAUUCCUGCGGCCCACGGUGCUCGCUGCCGCACUGCAGAGGGGCCCACACAGGUCUCUACUGUUUGAGCCGUCUCCCCAGCCCGACGUGUGUGCCCGGAGGCCGGGGCGUUACCUGCCGUCCUCCCGCGCCCCUCCCCAACCGGACACAACCCCCAGCACGGCGUGCGGCGCACAAGAGCUGCCCGGGAGCACGCAACGCACAGGACUCCGCCAUGCGCUGGCGAUGGAGGGAGCCAACUCGGACCGAGGGGUUUCCGCGAGGCGGUGUGGGGUCGACACGAAGCUGACAAUGUCGUACGGGCGAGCGCAGGCUCCUGCUCGGCAAACCCUAGGUGCAGCCUCACAACGCGCCCUCUGGCUCCGCAGCACUGUCCUAGAGGGAAACGCGACGGGGGCAGCGCGGCGUGGAGACGCUCGUCCCACCAAACAGGCUCCGCUCCAAACAGGUCAAAGAACCGUUAAAAAGUGUGCUUCCGGCGCAAGUGCCGCCCCAACUCCAGAAAGGAAGGAAAAGGGACGCGGUACGGAAAGUCGGAGGGUCCGCGGGCGGGGGAGCGCGCAACCCCGAAGGGAAAGGCCGGCUCCUUCAGGGCCAGAAGCCGGCCCGAGGCGGGUCCUCCUGGACCCUUUGCACCGCACGGCCUGCUCUCCGGAGCCCUGCCGUCUGGCCGCUUAGACCCGACCCUCCUGGUUUAGCCUAGUUUUGCAGCCAGUUUCCCGGCAGCCAUUCUGCACCCUGGCCACGACUCCUUAGGGAACCUGCCCUCUACGGGUCCCCGUCAGGGUCAUCCGACGUGCUCCGAGGGCGAAAGCUCGCGGAAUUCCAGCUUCCACGUCCGGCGCCGCCAAGCCUGCGCUUGCGCGGGGCGUGACCAUAGAGACGCAGCCGCCUCUCUGGCCUCGGUUUACACUCUCUAUGGUCCCGCUGGGUCGGUGGCGGUAAGGAGAAAAAGGGAGAGCGCAGUGCGCAGGCGCUCUCGGCUUUUUUUUUUUUUUUUUUUUAAUCCCAGCACCAAGCACUUAACCUCAUUAGGGUGGAGGAGAAGGCGGCGGCGAUCUGAAUGACUGCUGAAUUAUGAAGUAUUUCAGACCCAAUACCAGGACUGCACUCUGCCAUUCACUCCUUUAUCGUCUACUAGUUAUUUAAAUUGAACUUUUAAUAUCCUGCCAGCUGCUCUUCAGACACACAUGGUGCAUUGUUGCCAUUCCCCGGAUUGCAUCUUUGAAACACAGGCUCUUAGUAACCCUCAGCGAACAAAGAGGCAACCUCCCGGGUACACUAACUGGGAGGGUGUCACCCUGACUGCCCUCUAGCUUUUGCUGCAUCUCAAUUUGAAUUCACCAUGGAGCCUCGCAUGGAGUCCUGCCUGGCACAGGUGUUGCAGAAGGAUGUGGGGAAACGACUGCAGGUUGGCCAAGAACUCAUAGACUAUUUCUCAGACAAACAGAAGUCUGCUGACCUUGAGCAUGACCAGACCAUGUUAGAUAAACUUGUGGAUGGACUCGCUACCUCUUGGGUGAACUCUAGCAAUUACAAGGUGGCUCUUCUGGGCAUGGACAUCCUAUCCGCGCUAGUCACCCGUCUGCAGGAUCGGUUCAAGGCUCAGAUUGGCACAGUGCUGCCAAGUUUAAUAGACAGACUGGGAGAUGCUAAAGACUCCGUGAGGGAGCAGGACCAGGCUCUGCUGCUAAAGAUCAUGGAUCAAGCUGCUAAUCCCCAGUACGUGUGGGACCGGAUGCUGGGCGGCUUCAAGCACAAGAACUUCCGGACUCGGGAAGGCAUGUGUGUCUGCCUUGUCGCCACACUCAAUGCCUCCGGAGCACAUACUUUGACACUAAACAAGAUUGUGCCACAUAUAUGUAAUUUACUUGGAGAUCCAAACAGUCAGGUUCGAGAUGCAGCAAUAAACAGCUUGGUGGAAAUUUACAGACAUGUAGGAGAACGUGUGAGGGCAGACCUCAGUAAGAAAGGAUUGCCGCAGUCCCGGACGGGGUUCCACGAGCAGCUGAGUGGGGCUAUCUUCUUUCUUGCUGAGUCAUGUCGGACCUGGUAUCGCUCUCACUAUGGGCCCUGA